AUGGCUCCCUCAGGUCUCAUCCUUCUCUUCUACUUCGUCUUCUAUGCGUUUCUGGCGGGGAUGUUUUGUCUUACCAUGUGGGUGAUGUUACAAACUCUGGAUGAAAACAUCCCGACCUAUCAGGACCGAGUGCCCAGUCCAGGUUUGGUGAUUCGUCCUCAUGCCGCUGAAAUCUCCUUCAACCGCAGUGACCCUACAAACUACAACAAGUACACCCAACACCUGCACAACUUCCUGCAGAAUUAUAACGACAGUGUUCAGGAGCGUAACGACCUGUGUCUGGUGGGCGAAUACACGGAUCAGGACGCCGAGCCGGUGAAAAAGGUUUGCCAGUUCAAACGCAGUCUGUUACGCCAGUGCUCAGGUCUGUCGGACAGCAGCUUUGGAUACGCCGAAGGGAAACCCUGCAUCAUCAUCAAGAUGAACCGGGUCAUCGGACUGAAACCCCAAGGAGAACCUCUCAUCAACUGUACCGCCAAG